AUGGUUAAAAUUGUAAAUGGAUCAAUUGUCGAUUCUCAAAGUUGGAUGGAAUCGUUUUCUCAAAAAAAUGUAAAACCCAUCGAAUCCAAAUCUCUCAAUGAAAGAAUAGUAAAAACAUUAGAGUUGGAAGCAAAGGUCUAUGGAAUGAGUCUUAAAUUGAAAUAUUUAUUGGCUGUUUCUUUGUCUUCAAUGAUUCUCUUUGGUUCAAUAGGACUACUAAGUUUAUUGCUGAUAGUAUAUCUCGGUACCAUAUUUAGUAGUCAUUUAGAGAAUCAAAAUGAAAAUAAUGAAAAUAAUAGUAAUAAUAGCAAUAUCGAAUCUUUAGCUAAUGACAUUCAACAGAGUCAACAACAACAAUCACAACAACAACAAAUUCCACCAACACAAAAGAUAAUUAAUGAAGAACAACCAACUACACCACCAUACCACAUUAUGCAUUCACCAAAGAAUUUAAGACGUUCAACCCCUCAUAUUGUUACAUUUUCACCAAAUUCUGGUAGAAGACUUGGCACAUCUCUAGAUAACAUUGCAACUUUAACCAACAUUAAACAACAAUAA